GUGGGGAGACAUGAAAAAAAUAGUGUUCUCGAAAUUUCGUUCAAAUAUGCCCCUCGAGGAGUUGAACUUGUGAAGGCGAGGAGUGAGGGUGCGGCGCCGCUACCGACUGAGCCACGCGGGCAAAGAGAAAGCGCACGCCCGAUUGCAUACAUAAAGGCGAGGACGACAGCUGUACGCAGAGUGACAUUAAGCGUUGUACACCGUUACGGUAGAAUGCAUACUCUAGCUACAAAAAAACUACGAAAAAUCUCCUGUCCCCCCACCUUUAAAAAAGAAACCAAAUUUCUAAAAAGUUCAGAAAUUGAGAAAUUCAAAAAUUCACAAAAGAAAGUUUUUGACGUGGAAGCGCUUUACACCAAUAUCGACAACAGAGCAGCAUAUCAGGCAGUGGUGGACAAGCUGAAGAAGAACGCUUCCGUAAUUGAUUGGUAUGGAGAUUCCUUCACUCAUAUUAAAAUGCUCCUAAAAAGCUGCCUGGAGUUCAACGGGUUUCAGUUUGAUGGCAGGAUAUAUGAGCAGAAACGAGGACUCGCUAUGGGCAGUCGUUUAGCUCCAGUUCUUGCCGUCCUCUACAUGGAUAUAAUUGAGACCCCGAGUAAAGUCCAUCCUAUCAUUCUGUUCAGAAGUUAUAUCGACGACUACAUCGUGGUAGCGGAAUCUCAAGACACACUGGACAAUAUCUUCACAUGCCUAAACAGUCAGGCGACACAUAUUCGUCUCACACGGGAAGCACCCAAGAUGGACUGGUUAUCGUUUCUGAACUGUGAACUCCGCUUCAAAAACAAGGUAUUCUCUAGUAGGUGGUACCGGAAGCCCAGCAACAAAAACCUGCUCAUACGAAUGGAUUCCGGUCAUCCGAAACAACAAAAAAUCAACACCAUAAGUACCACUCAAAAAACGGCCACGGAAAACUCAACGAUUGACCAAAGGAGCUACUCUCGGAACCUAGCCAACGAGGGUAAUUUUGACGGAAAAAAAAACCGACUUUCCAACGCUAAGAAAUCUGAAAAUUUCAGAUCUUCUCUCCAAAAUCGCAUUGAUUUCGUCUGA